AUGUAUAGUGAUGUAGUUGAUGAAGAUUGUGAAAAAAGUGAUACGGGUGUUUUAGACAUUAAAUAUAAACUAGCUGAAAUCGAGUUCGAGAACGGGGAACUUAAAGACACAAUAAAAGAUGACUUAAGCGAUGAAUUUAUGGAAUACAAAAAAGAUAAUAAUAACAACACUGAAAGCACAUUGGUUAAUGAAAGAAACCAUGAAUUACAUGAUCUUAAUGGAAAAAUGUUUGAAAUGGAGAAAGAAAUUUCGGAGUAUCAACACAAAAUUAAAAACCUAAACGAAUCUAUAACUAAUCUCAGUUUGAAAAAUAAUAACUUUAGUUGUGAAUUGGCUUCAUUAAAAUUAAUCUACAAAAAUAUAAUAGACAGGCAAAACCCAGUUAACCAAACGCAAUCCGAGUCAAAUGCAACAACAACUAGCAUUCACAUCGCUCACAACAGAACGGCAUUGGAUAGAAAUGUAUCAAUGGAUUAUGCUACAAGAACGAUUAAGCCGAACAUUUUUGUUUAUGCUGAUCAACAGGGACAGGGUCUACUUUCGAAAGUCAAACAUGAUAGCUUUCAUAAGUUUAAUUUUAGACUAACUACAAAACCUGGUGCAAAACUGGACUCGCUUCUAGAAAAAUCCCAUAAAUCUUUUUCUGAAAAUGACUUUGUUGUCAUAAUUGGAGGAUCCAAUGAAACUAAUCCCCCAAAUCCCGAAUGUAUUUAUUAUGACACAAGACAUAAACUUGUAAAAGGUCCCACACUGAAAUUUGCCUCUACAUUUAAUACCUUAGAUGUUCUGGGCAUAAUGCUUUACAAUAAGCUGCCACUAGGAAGACGUUCACGGUACGACUAUCACUACAACAUACAGGAUGAAAUUUAUGGAGAAAAAUAUUCAGUGUUCUCGGAGCCGCCAUUUAGUUCCAACGACUUAUUCGGUAAAUCAAUUUAUGCUGGCUGGGAUGUGAAGGUUCAAGAUUUGAUACCAAUACCAAGACCACAACUUUUAUCUAGUAAAAAUGAGCAAGGAAUAUCAACUGAACUUUCUUCCACCACAUCGUCAAAGAAAGCGUUUACACUUUUGCAGCCCAUCACAGUAGACUUGCCAAAAACAGAUGAUGCCGUGAAUGAUUUGGGACAGGCAUUUAUUAAAGUGGAUUCAAAUUCUAUGCAUACUUCGUACCGGGUACAACCUAGUACAAGACAACAUAAAAAAUCAUCUUUCUCCAUAAUUGCUGAAAUUACGCCUAACCAAUCGCGCACCACAAGUCCGGAUCCACUCUCUUCUGGAAGAAUUUCUCCUUUUCGGGGUCGUGGAUUCAAAUCACCUGAAGAUAUUAUUGCGAUAUCAUCCCCUAUAAUAGAUUAUCGUUCUUCACAGAUGUCGAAAGAUAAAAAGUCACGAAUUUCUCGCAAUAAAGUUAAAGGUUAUCAAGUACUACCAGAUGCAACAAACAAUUCAGUAUUAAAGUUUGUUAAUACAGCAAAAAAUAAUGAAAAUCAUAAAAAUAUAAAUGGACCACAACAUGAUUCAUCAAAAAUCAAAGAAAUCAGUAAUGCGGAGGUAGAUAUACCAGCAAUCUCUCAAACUGGAAGACAAACUGCAGUGUGUGUGAGCCGAAAAUCUAAAAUACCACGAAUGAAAAGUUUUUCAACCGAUUCUUCGCCAUUGCAUAAGUCAAUGACACGAGCCAAAACUAUAACUUCUGUUCAAAUAAUCAAUAGGCGUGGCACUAGUUUAUCACCAUCUAAACACAAAUCUGUCUCUGUAUCAAAUUUAUUGUCAAAAAAUAACUCCAAAAUCAACAUUCCUUCAAAAAGUGCAGACAAAUCUCCAAUGAGAAAUACUAUAAGUUAUUCUUACAAAAUAGUACAAAAAUCUCCUAAAGCAUACAAAAAAAAACCUUGUGGUAGCAAAAAAGAAGAAGUUUUGACAGAGAAACAAAUAAACAAUAAUAUGAAGAGAAUGAACAAAAAUACCUCACUAAAAAUACCAAAUUUAUCUCCUAUUGAAGGUACACCAAUCAAAGAAGGAAACAAACAAAAAAUAAAUAAUAACACUGAUAUAUUAGCUAAGAUUGAUACUACGUUGUCCAAACCGGUAAACAAAGUUAACUGUGAUAAUAACAGUGAUAAAAAAAACAAAAACAAUGAACAAGUUAAAUCACCAACAAGAAUACCGAUAAGAACCAUAAGUAAAACACAUUUCAGUAACUCUGAAAUAAAUAGUUCAAAAUAUUUUGAAUUUGAAAAUAUGAAAGUUAAUGGAAACCAAGAAAAAAUAUCAGAUAAUAAAUCAGUUAGUCCUUUAUUAACUAGUGCAAGCACAAUAAAUAUACCUAUUUCAGAAAAUAAUAAUGAUAUAGACGAAUAUGAAAAAGAAAUGAAAAGCAUAAUUAAAAAUGAUAACAAUAAUGACAAUAAUAAUGACACAUAUAAAGAAAAUGAGGCAAUUCCCUCAAUUUCUGAAACUUUAAAUAAAGACGCUUCCACAAACACUGAAAAAUUAGUACCCUUAACAAGAUCAAAUGUUAUUUCUAUGACAACUGCAGCUAUUACUGCUCAACCUUUGCAGGUCGCCACAAACGUAACUAAUAAAAUAGUGGAUCAAGUAGAAUAUACUAGCGAAGAAAUUAAAGUUGAAGACGCAGAUGUUGCAAUAGAUAAUGAAGUUGACAGUAUCGAUAACAGUACGGUAUUAUACAAUUCAAAGACUGCGUCAGAACUAAAAAUGAAAAAAUCUCUGAAUUCUGAUGAAGAUAUAAUUAAACACUAUUUAACAUCAAACGACGUAAAUAUCGGUGAAAAGAAAACAAAUAGUGACGAACAGGAAGGAGGAAUGAAUAGAUCUCAAGAUGAACCUCUAAUAUCUGGCAUUGAGAAAGUGCACCUGGUUAAUAACAUCGAACGCAAACCAAGCUGUAAGGCGAUAGCUGAAGUUAAGGGAGUGGUACAAGUUGACCCAAGUGAGCGACCUACAGUUAUAAAUGAAAAAGUAUUAACGGAUGCAUCAUUAUCAUCAAUGAAAGAACAUAGGUCAAUUAAUAUUGAUUCAGAGGAGAUAACAACAGAAUAUUUUCUGAACGAAACUUCUGACACCAAACUGCAAUGCGGAGAUUCACUUUUAUGUAGUAAGGAAAAUGCAUUGGACAAUCAUGAGUAA